AGACGAGUCGGUGUUUUGACCGGAGAGGAAGGUGUGUUAGCUUUUCCAAUUACGGUGUAACAACAAGUGUUUUGAUUUACGACACAGUUUUGUCAGAAGAAGUUGGUUAUCUCGCAGGUUAUUACACUGUGAAUACCUUUGGACCGGCUAAUAUGAGGGACAGCGAGGCGAGAGAGAUAUCCUGCUGGGUGUGUUAGAUGUCACCAUGGCUGCUAAAUUCACCAUUUCAGACAAUGAGUCAGAUUCAUCAGAGGAGGUAAAGGAAGAGGAAAACAACCAAUCAUCAGCUGUGGAGCUGCCGCGUCUUCCCCAACGACACUCCCUCACCCUACCUGAGCUCAGACUGGCAGGGACGGGCCGAAUCCGGCUGAACUCAGAGUCCCAUGCUUACACCGUCACUAAAGACGAAGAGCUCCAGGCUAGGGUAGAAGAAGAGGCUGGCACCCCUACUGAGGGAGCUCCGUUCAGGGGACGAUCAAAAUCAGCUCCCCCGGCUUUGUGGGCUGCCAAGAAAUAUGGGCGGCAGCUUCGAAGGAUGAGCGAUGAGUUUGACAGCCUGCUAGACAAAGGGGAGAUGAAAAAGGUAAGAAACACUGGGACGGCGAAACCAAUGCACCACUCUAAAAGCUGGUGGAGUUACCUCUUCAGUCACCAGGAGACCGAGGGAGAGAACAACCACCAUGAAAACCACACUCACCGCACUGAGUAAGCACUCAGAGAGAGAAUUUGACUGAUAACAAGGUCCAGUGAUGGAAGAAUUGAUGGAAAUGAGAAGAAAGCAACUGGGAAGCCCAGAGAAAAAUCGUGGUGGGAACUGAGUCGAGGGACCAAAACCGAGAGGUCUGUUUGAUCAAAAACGAGAGAUCCAAACAAAAAAAGGAUGACUGAGCGCUGGAUCCCAGUUGUGUCAUUUUAUACGUAACUACAGUGGGACAGAUCUGUUUGUGUUUAUGUUGGUUGUGCUGUUAAUGAUAUUGUUGGGCAGCCUACUGUGAAAGGGUGAUGGUCAAGCAUGAGGAUAGGCUGUAAGCUAUCAGAACUCCAUAGACCAGAGGAGAUGAAGCACCAGUAGAAGAGAUGACACAUUUUACAAACACAAAGACUAGGACAGUCGAUGAUUUUAUGGGUUACCAGCUAAAGAUGCUCACUGUUGUAGUUAUCUCACCCAUCAAAAUAUGCAACAUACUGUAGAUGGUGAGAUAAAUGCUCUGAAAUCUAAACACCAGAGGCCACCGUGUAUGCUGUUCGAAUUUCCUUCCAUGCAUUUUUUAUGUAGGAAAUGUCAAUGUGUUAUGGAUGCUUGUUUCAUUCCAAAUGUUAAUGAACACAAGCUAACGGAGACCACUGUAAUUGUGUGCCAAAACAAUCUGCAGGCAUCAGAGGAAGCACAUAAAAUGGAAGGAUUUAUUUAAAGGUAUUCAACUAGGGUCUUUUUCCAGCUUCCUGCUCUGCUACCUGCAAGCCAGUUCAUUUUUCAACAACAGUACUUGACUAUCACUAACUGCUUUAUGUCGAAAAGAAUCAAAAGAAGAACAAUCUUGUACAAGGACAAUCUCUGAUGCAGAAAUAAUAUCUUUUGUAAAACUUCAGGGUUAGAUUCUAUCUAAAUAAAAUAAAAUUAAACAUACAUAUAAAAGCACAAACCAAUAUAUCUUUUUAAAUCCUCGGAUGUGCAAGAAAGCAGACUUUGAAAUUUUUAUGUGUACAUAUUUUGUUAAUAUUCUAUCAAAAGGGUGGGUGGGAGGUAACAAACUUUGUGGUUUAGCGAGAAUUUAUUUGAUAGGUUCCUCUAUUACAAAGUUACCGUGCUUAUAUACGAGUUUGGCAAACCUAGCAAUAGGCAGUGUACAAUCCAUGGCUGUUGUGUUAAAUGUUAUGUGCAUAUUUAAAGAUGUGGGAUAGGAUGAGUUAACUGCUGUACAAGGAGCCGACACUAGCCUGUGGCUAGGUUUACUCUGGACUGUGAAAAGGAAACUGUAGGGGUGUAGUCACGUUAAAAACACAAGUGUGAGGGGUUUAAUGAAGUUCCGAUACAACUACCAGCAUUGAUAGCGCCCAUGAUCCAUUAUCUGUGAGUAGUGCACCAAUCAGAUGCCAUCCUUUAUUAUCUUCCAAAUGUUAGCUUGUUAUUUUUUAGCUUAACAACAAAAGCAAUCAGAUCACAUCAAUGUUGGUUCAGAAGUAUAGAGUGAUUAUCAAUAAAUAACUUUUUUUAACACACUGGUAUCAGAGGGGUACUAAGUGUGGGAUUCAGAAUCAGUUACAGGAAGGGUAAACUGGUAACGUAACGUCUCUACAUUUGAAACCCAAUAAAGUUAAAUCAGUUUCCAGCCGAGCUAGGAUGAAAAACAUUCAAUUCAAGGUGUUCAUUCUCAUCCACAUGACAUUGUGUAUAAAAUGGGAUCUACCAGGAGUUAGUGGAGGAGUGCUGACUGUACACGUUUUGAAGCCGGUAGAUUUUACAAAAGUUACUACUGUUUUUCUGAACGCUUUUUAACUAAAGUCAGCAAUGCUGCUCAUCCUGGUAAAUUCACGAGGUUAUUUGUGACUUGUUUAUCAGUAUGUGAUUAUUGAAAAUGGUAAUAAGUUUGUUCUCCUUGUGUCUCGCUCUCUUAUGAGAUUGGUAGGGUUGAACCGUGAAGUUCUUGCGUGUGCAGGCCGAGGGACUGCAUGAAUUGUCUUGGAGCUAAAGUUAAUGUAUUGUUUUUUUUAUAGCUUUCCCCAAACUUGGUGAAGGAACAUUUUUUGAUCAGAGAAUUUUUUUAAAUGCGGCAACAUCUUUUCUAAGAUUUGUUCCAAGUUUAGGAUUAGUAUGGAGACAUGAGUGUUAAACAUUUAUGGACUAAAACAAUUUUGUGACUCUUUGAAUUUUGUGACGUAAAGCUCCUGACGCAUUCCCUAUUGUUAAACUGAAGCUUUAAAAAAAGGAGUGGCUCAACCAGUUUUUAAAUGUAAUAUCUGACACAUAUGGAUCAGAGAAUCAGGAAUAAGUGUUAAGAAAAAAGUCACAAAACAGUGAGAAAGUUCCACCCAGCAGACCCAUACUUGUAUUUUGUGUAAUCAGCUAGCAGAGAAUAUGAACAUGCUGUAGGGAGCUCGGGGCCAGAUAUGAAUGCUUUGCUCUCUCUUGGAAACAUGCUCCGCUGGAAUUGAAAGAGUAGGAUAUUGUACUGAACUGCCUUGAACAUGCUGUAACCUGUGAUGUGGCACCACAUAGCCAGCCUUGUCUGUUUGCCCAAAUACCGCCUUAAACAUUACAGCCUGCUGUCACAUUUUAAUACAAAGAGCACAUAACAAUGAGGUGUGUUUGCUGUAUGAGAAAACUUUAAGAUGGCGGACGCAGUUCUUUUCUGGAGAAGCCGUUUUCAGUUUUGAUUCUUUUGUAGUGAACGCACCUCAUAUGAGGAAGCUGCCUGGGCUCCUGGAGUUUUGCAACCAUCCUUGAUAUUACUUGAAUCAGGAGUUGUGUAUGGAGAAAAUUGAAUUCUAAGAUUUGCUUCUUUUUAGUUAAAUUCUUUUUAUUUUGUAAUGACUUUUGUAAAUGUAUUUUCUCUACAGCUGUGAAACUUCUGGUUAAUGCUGUCCUGAAUAAAUCAUUUUAAGAGUGGUUUUAAAGUGA